AUGAGACCAUCAUUGCAUUUAUUGAAAAGAUCCACCUGGAAAGGUCCCAAUAUCGUCCCGUUACCAAUCGCACAAGCAAUCAAGAAUCGAGUACCAGUACGUACCAAUGCUAGAAGUGCCACCAUAUUACCACAAUUCGUAGGCUUGAAAUUCCAGAUUCAUAAUGGGAAAGAAUAUGUAGAAGUAGAGAUUACUGAUGAUAUGGUUGGUUCUAAAUUGGGUGAAUUUGCUCCGACUAGACAAAGAUUCCUUUAUAAAUAUACCAAGAAUUAG